UAGUAUUUGAGUGGCAGCUGGAGAGCUCAUUUUCUCCUCCUCGACAACCGUGGGCUACCUUGCUACCAUUUAUCUGUGGCCAUUGUCCUCGGUCCCCUGACCUCACUCGUUUGACCUGACUGUAUCUAUCAUUAAUUGAGCAGGGGGAUAGCUGUGCCCAAUGGCCGAAUUGACCGUUCAUUACGUCCCUCGGGAUGUGACCCUCCCUCCCGUCUCAUCCACGCCGGUGUUCACAGACCAACAAUGGACGACUCUACUGGCCUUGGCUGACGCAGUCAUUCCUUCGAUUCGUAGCCCUACGGCGUACAAGUCGGCCUCGACCAAGGUGAUACCGCAUUCGGACCUGAACAGAACUCUCUCAACAUUGACCAGAAGCAUUGCCUCCCCUGACGCGGCUACCAUUGCCAUCCAGUACCUAGAGGAAGACGCAUCGUCGAAUCCUCGGUUCCGCGAGGGGCUGGAGCGCCUGUUCUCGCAAUACGUGCAUGAAGAAGGGAGAAAUGGCUUGGGUUUCAUCCUGAAUGCUCUCAAUACACGAGCUGGUUCACUCGUCUUAACAGGGUCCGUGACCCCCAUUCAGGAUCAGCCUAUCUAUAUCCGUGAAGAGAUCUUCUGUGGAUGGGAGACAUCCCGGCUAAGUCCGCUGCGAGCCGUUUACCGGGCUCUCACGGGGGUCUUCAAGAGGACGUGGGUGACCUUCAGCCCGACUCUGUGCCCGGUCAUUGGUUUCCCGAGAGUGCCGGUCCACGGGAAACCCGCCAAUGGUUUCAAGUACAGUUUUCUACAAUUCCCUUCCUCAGAUGAACCGGAGAUCAUCGAGACCGAUGUAAUCAUUGUCGGUAGUGGCUGUGGCGGCAGUGUGGCUGCGAAGAAUCUCGCCGAAGCAGGCCACAAAGUCCUGGUGGUGGAGAAGGCAUAUCAUUACACGUCAGAUCAUUUCCCCAUGAACUUCAACGAGGGUUUUGUUAGCAUGUUCGAGGGAGGGGGCGCUGUUGCGACCGACGAUGGCUCACUGGCUGUCCUUGCCGGCUCAACCUGGGGUGGCGGUGGCACUGUCAACUGGUCCGCUUCUCUGCAAACGCAGGGCUUUGUGCGCGAGGAAUGGGCCAAGAUUGGCCUGCCGUUCUUCACCUCGGGGGAGUUCCAGAAAUGCAUGGAUCGCGUCUCGGAACGGAUGGGGGUCGAUACCGAACAUAUCAAGCACAACAAGGCCAACCGCUUCUUACUCGAAGGCGCUCGGAGGCUAGGCUACUCCACAAAGACCGUGCCGCAGAACACGGGGCAUGGUGAGCAUUACUGUGGCUAUUGUACGCUCGGCUGCCACUCGACCGGGAAAAAGGGCCCAACAGAGACGUUCUUGGCUGAUGCUGCCACCGCCGGUGCAACUUUUGUCGAAGGCUUUCGUGCAGACAAAAUUCUGUUUACCGACACUAAAGAUGGUCAGGUUGCAUCAGGUGUCGAGGGUAUAUGGAAAUCGAGGGACGCCUACCUAGGGCGAACAGGCGUGACUGCAAUCAGGCGAAAGGUCAUCAUUAAGGCGAAACGAGUUGUCGUUUCUUGCGGCACGCUGCAAAGCCCUCUGCUGCUCCUACGCAGCGGACUGAAAAAUCCUCAUAUUGGCCGAAAUCUCCACCUACAUCCUGUCGCUAUAGCGGGUGUGGUGUUGGAAGAGGAGAUUCGCCCCUGGGAAGGCACUGCGUUGACCACCGUUGUCAACGAGUUCGAAAACCUCGAUGGCCAUGGACAUGGUGUCAAAAUCGAAGCCUUAUCGAUGUUGCCCGCCGCCUUUCUUCCCAUCUUCCCCUGGCGCAAUGGUCUUGAUUACAAGAUGUGGGCUCACAAGCUGCCCCGAACGGCCGGGUUGAUCAUGCUCGCCAGGGAUCGAGGCUCUGGGCGAGUUUACCCCGAUCCUGUCGAUGGACGAUGCCGGAUCGACUAUACGGUUUCCGCCUUUGACCGUAAACACAUUGCCGAUGCCUUGGUCGCCAGCGCGAAGAUGGCCUUUGUAACUGGUGCGAAGGAGUUUCACACAACGUGGCGCGAAAUGCCCCCUUUCAUCCGCCCCGAGAUGUCCGAUGCAGAGGAUCCCGAAGGUGCAAAUAAUGCAGCCCUCCAAGCGUGGAUCGCGGAAUUGCGGCGCAAGAGACCUCUCGAUCCCGAGCGGACCAUGUUUGCCAGUGCGCACCAGAUGGGCACGUGUCGCAUGGGCAAGUCUCCCCGGACGAGCGUGGUGGAUUCCGAUUGUCAGGUCUGGGGAACGCGAGGCUUGUAUGUGGUGGAUGCGUCGGUGUUUCCCAGCGCCAGCGGCGUCAACCCGAUGAUCACCAACAUGGCCAUUGCCGACUGGGCCAGUCGGAAUCUUGCCCGAUCACUGCGGAAGGACAGCGACAAAGCCGUCCUGGCCCGUUUGUAAUGAGUGAUGAGGAAGUUGCUUGGCUCCUAUCGUUUGUGCAUUCAUACUUGGUACAUUAAUACUUGGAACCGCUGGUUGUGGCUGGAUCCAUGAUGGUUCAUAUCACUAGCCGCGAGCGAUACUCUAUUCU